CUCGGCUAGAACAACAUGGCGUAUCUGCGCAAAUUUUCUAUUGUGUUUUGUUUAUUAUUAAUCUCUAUAAUAUCUGGAACUGAAUCAAACAAAGAUACCAAAAUUGCCUUUCCAAUUUUCGACGUCACCAGAUUAUGCUCCGAUCGGUUAUACUUCGCAAGAAGUAGAAAGAUCAUAUGCUUAUUAUGCAAGGGAUUCGAUCCAUCAUGCCUACAAUAUUCAACCUCGACUACAACUUCAAGUACCACCACUCCAACUACAACAACCAAUACAACUACAACAGCAACUACUCCCACGAUAAAUACAACAACUACUGAAGCUACACCUGCUUCAGAGUGAUGUCGUCAUUCUACUAUUGUUGCUUUAUAUUCGAGUAAAAUCAAAUUAUCCUGACAUUGGUAUUCCUAUCUUAAUUUAAAAAUAUAUG